AGGACAUAAAGAAUAUAACAAUACGUAAAGCCUGUUAACAAGGAAGAUCUAAUCUUUUUGUCCGAAAAUUUAUUAAUCCAUUAAAAAGAAUUUGAACGAAAAGGAAGGAGUACGUUUUAUUUAUAUUUACAUAAAAAAAAAAAAAAUUUGACAUCUAAUAUUUAUUUCUUAUUUUUUUCUUAAUUAACCAUUGAAUUUGAUCAAAACAAUCAACAAGCAUUGAAUUGAGGAGUUCGCCGACAUCUAAGUUUUAAAUAAAAACGAUCAUUUAUUGAGUUAUUAAAUGUGAUUAAGAUAUAUUUAUAAUUUAAUAUUAAUAAUAACGCAAUUUGAUUUAAAUACAUUUAAAGAAAAGUAAAGGUUAACUUGAUAAAUUCUAAUAUGUAUACAUUUCAUUGAAACCUUUUUGGAGGAAAAUGUUUAUAUAUAUAUCGUGUAUGUCAAUAUAAUAUAAUUAUCCUGUGAUCAAUAUCAUGAACCAUGUUAAAAUCAAAUAAAUCAAAUAAUUCAACCAAGAGGAAAGUUAAAACUAGUCAGACCAAGGCAAAGAAGAAUAAUUCUAGCAAGGCACAAAAUACAAGAAAUGAAAAAGUGACAGAUGUUGUAGAAAAUAUACAACAGAAUAUUAAAACAUCGCAUAAUAUGUGUAAUUCGUCUGAACAAUCUCAAAGUUCUUCAAUUACUCAAUCGAAUAAUGUUUCGAAUCAGAAAGAUAUGGAAGUAAAUUCAAUAGAGAAUAAAAAUAUUACAUUUGAUAUAUAUACUAAUAAUGCACGAUUAUCUGCAUUUAAUAAUUCUUAUUUAACAACAAAAGAAUUUUCAUUGAAAAGAAGCCCAGAUGAUCUAUUUAAUUUAAUUUAUUCAGAACAAGUUACCUUAACUCUUCCAAAUCGAUCAUGGUCAAUACAUUUUACAGAAAUACCGAUUCGUUGCAUUGUCAUAAGUGAAAUAACUUUACAUCAUAAUAGUGGGUCAGGAUUCAUACCUCUUUACACAAAACAAAUUAUCUUUCAUGAAAAAAUGGAAUAUGAAAUUUUUUUAUUUAAUUCAAAAGCUUCAGAAAAAAAUCUGUCUCCGAUGGAAACAAUAACAGAUGUAAUGAAUGUUAUAACAUACACAAAUAAUUUGAAACUUUGUAAUGGUGGACCUGAAGUAAGUCUGUAUAAUAAUAUUAAUCUGGAAUGUGCUUAUAGAGAUAAUAAGGAAAAAUGGAGACAUAAUUUAUGUAGUUUAGAAGUAAGUGAAGGUGAUACAUGUGAAUUAUGUCUUUCACUAAAAGAUAUAUUAAAACGACAUAUACAACGUAAUAAACAAUCAUCAAGAACUAAAAAUUUUAAUGGUUCUGGAAAAAGAAAAAGAACAUCUCUAUAAUAAUUUUAUAAUUAAUAAUUUUUAAGAGAUAAGGUAUGUCAGAUAAUAGUAAAUAUUAUUAUUGGUUGACAAAGAAGACAGUGUAUCGGUAAUUAAAUUAUUGACAAAAAAGAAGUCCUAAUUUAAUUUGAGAAGCUUAUAAAUUUUUAGCUUUUCAAAAUUUCCACUUUUAUAUAAUUAAGCCUUUAGGAGAUAAUUGUCAAAUAACUUUAUCUUA